AUGUCCUCCCUCCCGUUACCAUUGUCACUGGACACUCUAGCCGACUCAGCCAGCGCGCUCUCCGAGCGCAUCGACACUCUGCUCGGCGGACAGCACACGAGCGUGUCGCGCAAGGUCCUCGUCGUCACCGGCGGCGCGCUCGCGUCGUACCAGCUCGUCAAGGCCUCGUACUUCCUCUAUCGCCAUUUCUUCUGCUUCGGCGGGCUGCCUCGGCUGAAGAACCCGAGUUGGCUCGCGGGGAACUUUGUCGAGUUGACGGGGCCGGAUACGCUUGAGGUGCAGAAGGAGUGGGUUCGGGAACAUGGUCAGACGUUCGUGGUGAACUAUAUUCUUGGGGGAAAGCGUCUUUUCACCACGGACGCGAAGGCAAUAGCCCACAUUCUCGCGACAUACCCGAGAUCGGAUGAAGCCCGCCUUCAGCUAGCGCGUGUCAUGGCUCCUGGUCAUGGACUUUUCAAUGUAGAAGGCGAGGGUCACAAAAUACAGCGUAAAGUCAUGAACCCGGCGUUCGGCCCCAUACAGCUGCGCGAUCUCACCCAUAUCUUCGUGGAGAAGGCGAACAGCCUGCGCGAUGCGUGGCUUGACCAAAUUGGCGACGCUCCCUCAAAACGCAUUAACGUUGUUGCGUGGCUCGUCAAAAUGACGCUCGAUGUUAUUGGGCUCGCGGGGUUCAACUACCACUUCAACGCGCUCAAGCCGAAUUCUGGGCCCAACGAGCUCAACGAUGCGUUCAACUACCUGUUCCGCGCCGAUGAGAACCCGACAAAGCUAUUUCUCGGUCUGUUCCUUCCGUUCAUCGACUGGAUUCCAACCGAACGGGGACGGGGAGAGCAGCGUGCACUAGACACGAUGGGGCGUAUCGGAAGGGAGCUCCUAACAGAGGCCAAGGCAGCUGCCAUCGAAGAGCAGCGGUCAGGGGUGAAAUCGCGUGCGCGAGAUCUGCUGAGUCUGCUCGUGAAGGCGAAUAUGGCAGAGGGAGCAAAUAAGAUGUGCGAUAACGACGUUUUGGCCCAAAUUCCCACAUUCUUGCUCGCCGGACACGAAACGACGAGCACAUCUACAUCAUGGACGCUCUUCUCCCUCGCCCAGAACCCAGCCGUCCAGACCCGGCUCCGUGAGGAGCUCAGGACACUCGGCACAGACACACCAACAAUGGACGAGCUCGCGGAGUCCUCCCUGCCCUACCUCGACGCAGUCGCGCGCGAAGCGCUCCGGCUGCACUCGCCCAUUCCCUUCGCGGCGCGCAAAGCCCCGCGGGACGACGUGAUCCCACUCGCGCACCCCUACACGGACGGGCGUGGGCGGGUGCACCGCGAGCUGCGUCUGAAUAAGGAGGACUCGAUCAUUAUCCCCAUCUAUGCGAUGAACACGACCGAGGAGGUGUGGGGUCCCGAUGCGACGAGCUUUAACCCGGACAGGUGGCUUGAGGGCGGGGCGGCGGCGCCGCAGAAGAACGGGUUGCCGGGGCUGUGGGGGAAUCAGAUGACGUUUACGGGUGGGAUGCAUUCGUGUAUUGGGUACAGGUUUUCGCUGUUCGAGAUGAAAGCACUUCUGUUCUCGCUGGUGAAGGCGUUCGAGUUUGAGCUGGCGACGCCAGUGGAGGACGUCGGUGUGCAGAUGUUCAUCGUGAGACGGCCGAUGCUGAAGUCGGACAAGGAAGGUGGGGCGCAGUUGCCGUUGUUGAUUAAGCCCGUGCAGUCAUAGGAUUUAGGUGUAGGCGAACGAUAG